AAUAGUUCAAAGUAGGUUUCAUUUUAUUCUUGUCAGUUAUUCCGUGGCACUAGUUUCAUGGUCCAAAGAUAAACAUGAAAGCUCUAGAAAACACAUCUGAUGUGUUACAAUCUCUUCCAACCAAGGACUCCAGCAGAAAGAAAACAGAAAGUCUCAUCACGUGACGACCCGUGGGGAGGAGACCAAUACUUUCCACCGCUUACUUCUGCCGUAUAAAAACACUCCGCACUGUUAUAGAGCAUGUGAAGUGGUGUGAUUCAGGAUCAGAUCACUCAAGAGGAGUAUCCCGCUCUCACAAAACCUGUCAUCCGCAAACAAGGAUUUUGUGUGAAAUUUUUAUUUUUUUUCUAUGAACUAAAAAACAAAAAACUUGAAGUUUUUCUUCAUGGAGAAAGUUUUGAAAUUCUAAAGCUGGAUACACAGACACAGACACGCUCAUAUUCAAUUUGAGACUGACUUGGCUCAUUCUUUGCUCUUGGCACUGGUUUGGGCCAUGCCGGACCUGAAGAAGUACCUCACAGAGGGCCUGAUCCAAGUAGCUAUUCUUCUCAGUCUGGCUGGGAAGCGUGUGGACGUGGAUCCCUACCUGCCCCCUUUUAGCGAAAUCAUUCUGGGCCCAAAUUCAGCUCUAACUCGGACUCAAUUCCACAAUCUUGGAAACAUCCUGGAUGGAUAUAACCUGCACCCAAAAAGUGCAGAUCUGGAUGGGUUCUUCACAGCUCGCAGGCUUCUGAAUUGGGUUCGCUCCCUAGACCGCCUGCAGGUGCCGGCGGCGGAGCUGGAAGCCUGGUUGGUCCACAGGGAGCCUGACGAUGGAGUCUCCAUUCCAGCUCAAGUGGGUCUCCUUGAGGAAGGUGGAGGACUUGAAGAUGUGGAGGAACCCUCAGAGCUGAGCAUGAGGUUGGGAAGUGGAGGGGAACUGGGUUAUGACAUAGAUGAGGAUCAAACCCUUAGAGAUUUGGGGCACAUGCCAAGAAGCCUUGACCAUCCAGAAGAUGAUGAACCCAUUAAAGAGGACGAAGAUGGUUUGUCUUUCUUCUGGGAGCAGGAACAUCAGCAAAAUGUCCACCAGGAGCAGCUGGAAAAUGCUAGAACUCAAUCUCUCAGCUUGUUUAAUGAGGAAGAAGAGGAAGAUGAUGAAUUUAUGGUGGAUAGCUGGAGAAAUUCAAAUCCAUUUCACAACCAAAUUUUUGGAGAGGAUCUACAGUUGUCAGGUGUAAGGGACGAUGCUUCUCUUUCCAUUGAUGAGUACUUACAUCGCAUAGAUGCCAACUUCCCCUCAGAAGGAGUUCCAGAGUUGACGGGUCCUGAUGUACAGAAUGUAGGAGAACAUGCACUUUUGGAGUUUCAGAGGCCACUAAUGUCUCCCUUGUUGCCUGAACAGGAAUCAACAACUUUAGAGCAACAAUGGCAAGAUGUUUUGGCCAUCAUGGAAUCCCAGGACAUGGAUACAGCCGAAACAAUAGGCGAUUCUCCAUACAGUAACAGUGAUUCAGACGGAAAUAUUGGAUCAAUGGAAAACUUUAUUCAUCAGGCUGUUAGCCUUCACCAAGCCACACUGCGCAGAACCACUGAAGCACAAAACAGCAUCACCAUGGAAGAAACCUGUUGCAUUAACAACAACUCUAUACCCAACAUAAAUUUGGACACUUCUAAUGCAGAAGCUUUUGAAGACUCUGAUAUCAUAGACCUCCUUCUGACUACUGGGGCUAGCCUGCCAAUCCCUUUAGAUCCUUUUUUUGAGGAAGCCAUGCUUGAUGAGAUUGAAGGAAUGGAUUUGGCUCUGCAAGAACUUAGCCAGGUACAGUCUGAAGAGCAAAACCCAGUGGAUUCUGACUCUGGUUUAUCACUGGACUACAGUCAAAGCCCUGCCUCUCCUAGUGGAUCUGAAUCUUCCAGUUCCUCCUCAUCUUCUUCAUCACUGUUCAGCCCAACCUUUAGUUUGAUGGCCGAGGAAGGCGCUGAGGGCUACACCCAUAUCAAGGAAGAGGACGGAGCUGUGGGCGGGUACAUGCCAGAACAAACCAAAAUGUGUCAAUCAAGCUUUUUGCAAGCCAGACAGUUCCAUCGCCUUCCUUGGCUCGAGCACAUCAGACACGAUCAUACCUACAACCAACCUCAAACCCAGAGGAAACCUCCAGAAGAUCUUUCCAACGAGUUGCCUAAAAACAAAAUGCUGGAUCAUCUUUCCAGCUGGGACGAGAAACGCACACGUUUGAUGAAUAUCCCAUUCUCCAAUGAACGCAUCGUAAACUUAUCCGUCGAUGAAUUCAAUCGCUUGCUAGCCAAAUAUCAUCUCAAUGAGGCUCAGCUUACGCUCAUCAGAGACAUUCGCCGCAAGGGUAAAAACAAAAUGGCUGCUCAGAACUGUCGUCGGAGGAAGCUAGAUGUCCUGCUGGGAUUGGAGUGCAGUGUGGAUAGCCUGCGACGCCUCCGGGCUAAACUGCUCAGGGAAAAGUCUGAGAUCUUGCGCUCCAUCAGGGAGAUGAAGCACCAGCUUAAUAGCUUGUAUCAAGAGGUUUACGAGAGACUAAGAGAGGAACAGGUACUGCUGUACUCUGACAACAACUUUACUCUGCAGCAAGACAGCACCAGUCCUGUAACAUCACAGCGCAGAUCAGAUUCACACUCCAGACGCAAACUUAGCAAGAGACAAAAACACAAGAAGUGAGAUGGAGGACUCAUGCAAUUAAUAGGCUCAGGAAAAAAGCUCUCUGCUGUGAAGUCCACCAGCUGGUAUUCCACAGUUCAAUGGGAAUAUGCACCAAGUAGGGUAUUGUUACCCAAGUGAUCAUUCUUGAUAAUGUAUUGUAUUAUGUAGGCACAUAGUAACACAAAGUUUUGAUGUUAAAGGACCCCAUCAAGUGUUUCCAUGAUCUUUUAUGCUAAAGGCCUCUAUGUACUCUAAAAACCUACUGUAGUGGAUAGCAAAACUGAAGUUUGUGGAUGAUCAGGAUGAUGCUCGCCGCUGUUUUUCCAUUUCACACGUACAGAGGUUUCACAGAGAAGGUGAACAAUUCUCAUUCAAGAAGUGUCACUCAGAUAUACGUAACCAUAGGAAAGAACAGUUGAUUACAACUUCUGUUUCAUGUCCAGUUUAUAAACCAAAUUUGGCUACAAGAACAUAAGGAGUGUCUUAAAUUGUUUCCAAAGUCAGAAAA